GGCCCGGGUACCUCCAGCGGAGCGCGCCUUCCCCCCCAGGUUUCCCGCCAGGAGAAGGCGCGCGGUAGAUGCGGUGCGUUUGGGCGCCCUGUCCGACAGAACGGUUGGGCCUCACUGGCCGUCGCUAUGUCGCGACAGAGCACCCUGUACAGCUUUUUCCCCAAGUCUCCGGCGCUGAGUGAUGCCAGCAAGGCCUCGGCCAGGGCCUCACGGGAAGGCGGCCGCGCCGCCGCUGCCACCCGGGCCUCUCCACGAGAGGAUGCGGCCUGGAGCGAGGCUGGGCCUGGGCCCAGGCCCCUGGCGCGCUCCGCGUCACCGCCCAAGGCGAAGAACCUCAACGGAGGUCUGCGGAGAUCCGCAGCGACUGCGGCCCCCACCAGUUGUGACUUCUCACCAGGAGAUUUGGUUUGGGCCAAGAUGGAGGGUUACCCCUGGUGGCCUUGUCUGGUUUACAACCACCCCUUUGAUGGAACAUUCAUCCGCGAGAAAGGGAAAUCAGUUCGUGUUCAUGUACAGUUUUUUGAUGACAGCCCAACAAGGGGCUGGGUUAGCAAAAGGCUCUUAAAGCCAUAUACAGGUUCAAAAUCAAAGGAAGCCCAGAAGGGAGGCCAUUUUUACAGUGCAAAACCUGAAAUACUGAGAGCAAUGCAACGUGCAGAUGAAGCCUUAAAUAAAGACAAGAUUAAGAGACUUGAAUUGGCGGUUUGUGAUGAGCCCUCAGAGCCAGAAGAGGAAGAGGAGAUGGAGGUAGGCACAACUUACGUAACAGAUAAGAGUGAAGAAGAUAACGAAAUUGAGAGUGAAGAGGAAGUACAGCCUAAGACACAAGGAUCUAGGCGAAGUAGUCGCCAAAUAAAAAAAAGGAGAGUCAUAUCAGACUCUGAGAGUGACAUCGGUGGCUCUGAUGUGGAAUUUAAGCCAGACACUAAAGAGGAAGGAAGCAGUGAUGAAAUAAGCAGUGGAGUAGGGGAUAGUGAGAGUGAAGGCUUGAACAGCCCUGUCAAAGUUGCUCGAAAGCGGAAGAGAAUGGUGACUGGAAAUGGCUCUCUUAAAAGAAAAAGCUCUAGGAAGGACGCUCCCUCAGCCACCAGACGAGCAAUUGGCAUUUCAUCAGAAACCAAAAAUACUUUGAGUGCUUUCUCUGCCCCUCAGAAUUCUGAAUCCCAAGCCCACGUUAGUGGAGGUGGUGAUGACAGUAGUCGCCCCACUGUUUGGUAUCAUGAAACUUUAGAAUGGCUUAAGGAGGAAAAGAGAAGAGAUGAGCAUAGGAGGCGGCCUGAUCACCCCGAUUUUGAUGGAUCCACACUCUAUGUGCCUGAGGAUUUUCUUAAUUCUUGUACUCCUGGGAUGAGGAAGUGGUGGCAGAUUAAGUCUCAGAACUUUGAUCUUGUCAUCUGUUACAAGGUGGGGAAAUUUUAUGAACUGUACCACAUGGAUGCUCUUAUUGGAGUCAGUGAACUGGGGCUAGUAUUCAUGAAAGGCAACUGGGCCCAUUCUGGUUUUCCUGAAAUUGCAUUUGGCCGUUAUUCAGAUUCCCUGGUGCAGAAGGGCUAUAAAGUAGCACGAGUGGAACAGACUGAGACUCCGGAAAUGAUGGAGGCACGAUGCCGAAAGAUGGCACAUAUAUCCAAGUAUGAUAGAGUGGUGAGGAGGGAGAUCUGUAGGAUCAUUACCAAGGGUACGCAGACCUACAGUGUGCUGGAAGGUGAUCCUUCUGAGAACUACAGUAAAUAUCUUCUUAGCCUCAAAGAAAAAGAGGAAGAUUCUUUUGGCCAUACUCGUGCAUAUGGUGUAUGCUUUGUUGAUACUUCACUGGGGAAGUUUUUCAUAGGUCAGUUUUCAGAUGAUCGCCAUUGUUCGAGAUUUAGGACUCUAGUGGCACACUAUCCUCCAGUACAAGUCUUAUUUGAGAAAGGAAAUCUCUCAAAGGAAACUAAAACAAUUCUAAAGAGUUCAUUGUCCUCUUCUCUUCAGGAAGGUCUGAUACCAGGCUCCCAGUUCUGGGAUGCAUCCAAAACUUUGAGAAUUCUCCUUGAGGAAGGAUAUUUUAGGGAAAAACUAAGUGAUGACAUUGGGGUGCUGUUACCCCAGGUGCUUAAAGGUAUGACUUCAGAGUCUGAUUCCAUUGGGUUGACACCAGGAGAGAAAAGUGAACUGGCCCUCUCUGCUCUCGGUGGUUGUGUCUUCUACCUCAAAAAAUGCCUUAUUGAUCAGGAGCUCUUAUCAAUGGCUAAUUUUGAAGAAUAUAUUCCCUUGGAUUCUGACAUAGUCAGCACUACGAGAUCUGGUGCUGUCUUCACCAAAGCAUAUCAACGAAUGGUGCUAGAUGCAGUGACAUUAAAUAACUUGGAGAUUUUUCUGAAUGGAACAAAUGGUUCUGCUGAAGGAACCCUGCUGGAGAGGGUUGAUACUUGCCAUACUCCCUUUGGUAAGCGGCUCCUAAAGCAAUGGCUUUGUGCUCCACUCUGUAGCCCUUAUGCUAUCAAUGAUCGUCUCGAUGCCAUAGAAGACCUCAUGGUUGUACCUGACAAAACCUCCGAAGUUGUAGAGCUUCUAAAGAAGCUUCCAGAUCUUGAGAGACUACUCAGUAAAAUUCAUAAUGUUGGGUCUCCCCUGAAGAGUCAGAACCACCCAGAUAGCAGGGCUAUAAUGUAUGAAGAAACGACAUACAGCAAAAAAAAGAUUAUUGAUUUUCUUUCUGCUCUGGAAGGAUUCAAAGUAAUGUGUAAAAUUAUAGAGAUCAUGGAAGAAGUUAUUGAUGGUUUUAAGUCUAAAAUCCUUAAGCAGGUCAUCUCUCUGCAGACAAAAAAUCCUGAAGGCCGUUUUCCUGAUUUGACUAUAGAGUUGAACAGAUGGGAUACAGCCUUUGACCAUGAAAAGGCUCGGAAGACUGGACUUAUUACUCCCAAAGCAGGCUUUGACUCUGAUUAUGACCAAGCUCUUGCUGACAUAAGAGAAAAUGAACAGAGCCUCCUGGAAUACCUAGAGAAACAGCGCAACAGAAUUGGCUGUAGGACCAUAGUCUAUUGGGGGAUUGGUAGGAACCGUUACCAGUUGGAAAUUCCUGAGAAUUUUACUACUCGCAAUUUGCCAGAAGAAUACGAAUUGAAAUCUACCAAGAAGGGCUGUAAACGAUACUGGACCAAAACUAUUGAGAAGAAGUUGGCUAAUCUCAUAAAUGCUGAAGAACGGAGAGAUGUAUCAUUGAAGGACUGCAUGCGGCGACUGUUCUAUAACUUUGAUAAAAAUUACAAGGACUGGCAGUCUGCUGUAGAGUGUAUAGCGGUGUUGGAUGUCUUACUGUGCCUGGCUAACUAUAGUCGAGGGGGUGAUGGUCCAAUGUGUCGCCCAGUAAUUCUGUUGCCAGAAGAUACCCCCCCUUUCUUAGAGCUUAAAGGAUCACGCCAUCCUUGUAUUACAAAGACUUUUUUUGGAGAUGAUUUUAUUCCUAAUGACAUUCUAAUAGGCUGUGAAGAAGAGGAGGAAAAUGGCAAAGCCUAUUGUGUGCUUGUUACUGGACCAAAUAUGGGGGGCAAGUCUACGCUCAUGAGACAGGCUGGCUUAUUAGUUGUAAUGGCCCAGAUGGGUUGUUACGUCCCUGCUGAAGUGUGCAGGCUCACACCAAUUGACAGAGUGUUUACUAGACUUGGUGCCUCAGAUAGAAUAAUGUCAGGUGAAAGUACAUUUUUUGUUGAAUUAAGUGAAACUGCCAGCAUACUCUCGCAUGCAACAGCACAUUCUCUGGUGCUUGUGGAUGAAUUAGGAAGAGGUACGGCAACAUUUGAUGGGACAGCAAUAGCAAAUGCAGUUGUUAAAGAACUUGCUGAGACUAUAAAAUGUCGUACAUUGUUUUCAACUCACUACCAUUCAUUAGUAGAAGAUUAUUCUCAAAACGUUGCUGUGCGCCUAGGACACAUGGCAUGCAUGGUAGAAAAUGAAUGUGAAGACCCCAGCCAGGAGACUAUUACCUUCCUCUAUAAAUUCAUUAAGGGAGCUUGUCCUAAAAGCUAUGGCUUUAAUGCAGCAAGACUUGCCAAUCUUCCAGAGGAAGUUAUUCAAAAGGGACAUAGAAAAGCAAGAGAAUUUGAGAAGAUGAAUCAGUCACUACGAUUAUUUCGGGAAGUUUGCCUGGCUAGUGAAAGGUCAACUGUAGAUGCUGAAGCUGUCCAUAAAUUGCUGACUUUGAUUAAGGAAUUAUAGACUACAUUGGAAGCUUUGAGUUAACUUCUGACAAAGGUGGUAAAUUCAGACAACAUUAUGAUCUAAUAAACUUUAUUUUUUAAAAAUGA